GUAGAGGAUCUGUGCUACUAGAUGAUACUAAGAACUGCUAAGAAGAGAUUCAGGAAGCUUUUAUUAACGACUCCAUUGAACCGUGUGUCAGCCAAUGUGGCUUAUUUCCUCAACUGUUUACUAACUGAUACUGAAGAGAUUGUUUCUGAUGAAGUUGCUGCUACAAAAAAGAAGUCCAAGAAGAAGAAGGGAGGAGGAAGUGGUGGUGGUGGUGCUAGUGGUCCAGUCACUAAAACUACAUCUGCUGGAAAAGACUUGUCUCAAGGAAAGUUAUGGAAACUGUCAGUGGAAAAUGUACUUCAGCAUUUCCUGUACACAUUGGAAUAUAAUUCUGUAACUCACAUGUUUACUACUUGUGGUGUUAGCAAAGUCUCUCUUCUCAGGGAAUUCCGUAACAAAACAGGAGUACAGAUUACAUUUAAGGAUUACAAAUUUUCCUUGACUGCUCCAUUCAAUGAAGGUGAUCUUGCCUGUAUUGUACCUGUUGUUAAGCACACUGAUUUUAAAGUGAGACAAAACUCCAUUUAUUACUGCUUUGUACUGUCACUUUUGCUACACAAUGUAUACCGUAGUUUAGGGAAUUUAUGUGGUAGAAACUUUUGUGUUUUUAAAUGA